CGCCUCCAUUUCUCUCGUCGUCUGUAACCAGCGCAUCAACACGAGCGCACCCCUGAAUCCACCCAAUACACCGAGGAAGAACCGUAACACGGAUUAAGAGGACACGUCCAAGCUUCCACCUUAUUACCACCGAGGCAUCUGAUUAUAUAGUACCACGGGCCAUGAUGGGCAAACUAAGGGGGGCUGUCCUCAUCUGUCUUCUUAUUAUGGGACUCCUAUACUUUGAUGGGACUUUUGCUAAAAAGGGAGGUGGAUUUGGAGGAGGCAAGAAAACAUCAUCAACAAACAGGUGGGGGUCCUCAAAGCCCCCCAGCUCUCAACCAGGAAAUUACCCUCGGCAAACUCCUAAUCGAAACUCUAACCCAUAUCCUGCUGGCGGAAGUUAUCCCCAUCCAGGAAACACCAAUCCUGGAGGAUAUCCCAGACAAAAUCCAGGAGGGAAUCCUGCUGGAGGAUACCCAGCUGCUGGAGGAUACCCUAACCAACCUGGAAGAGGAAAUUAUCCUAACCAGAACCCUGCAGGGGGCUAUCCAGCUGCAGGAGGCUAUCCAGCUGCAGGAGGCUAUCCAGCUGCAGGGGGCUAUCCAGCUGCAGGGGGCUAUCCAGCUGCAGGGGGCUAUCCAGCUGCGGGAGGAUACCCCAACCAACCCGGAAGAGGCAAUUACCCAAACCAAAAUCCUGCAGGUGGUUACCCUGCAGGUAGCUAUCCUGCAGGUGGUGGGUAUCCUGCUGCUGGGGGAUACCCAGCAGCGGGAGGAUACCCCAACCAGCCAGGCAGAGGAGGCUAUCCAAACCAGUACCCAGGUGGCUAUCCGGCCGCAGGUGGAUAUCCAGCUGCUGGGGGCUAUCCUAACACUGGGUGGGGAGGUGGCUAUCCAAUACGAGGAGGAGGUAAUACGGGGCAGGGCUGGGGUGCACCAGGCUCAUAUCCUGGGGGUUAUCCUGGUGGUGGAAUGGGAGGCUAUCCAAACUGGAAUCCCAACAAUAAGAUCCUCAGCCCUCGCUAUGGCGUAGGAAGCUAUGGCGGUUAUGGGCCGGGUGGGUCCCCUUUUGCCCGUUCAGCCAUGAACCAAGGCUUCAUACCUAAAGUAGAGUCUAAGGGUUUUGCUAAAAAAGCAAUGUUGGCAGCUGGAGUGGGUGCUAUGGCUGGUAUGGCUGUUGGUUAUGGAUUAGGACGAUUUCCACGACCACAUUUUCACUUCCGAAGUCAUGAAGAAGAAUACUACUACAACAACUACAUGUACCGUCGCUAUGGCACCCAGUCCACGGAUCAAAAAGACUAUGGUCGUGAUUAUGAAUACAAGCUACCUCCACGAGCUGAUCCCUAUGAUAAAUACAUGGACAAAUGCAUGAAUCGAACUGACCUUCUGAAAGACCAGGACAAGUCUGACAUAGACGAGGAGGACAAGGACACUGUCAGCAUUGAAGAAAUUGGAUACCCCUCUUUAAUAGAGCAGAUGAAAGCACGGCGGUGUGUGGAAUUGUACAUGGCCUACUCUGAGCAGUUUCUCCAAAAGCGUGCAGAAGCCCAGAUACAAAACAAAGGUAGUCUUCUGUGUGUCUCUCAGCUGUUCACAUCUGUGGUGAUUUUACUGUGCAGCAUGUUUCUGCUUCAGUAAGCCCUUUUGCUACUAAUAUACUCACACAUGAUUUGCCAUUGUCUGUGCAUAGCUACUCUGUUUUUUGAUCACCUUGCCUAAAUGCUUAUGGACUAAUCUGCUAACAUGUACAGUGUACAUUAACCACUUUGCAACCCAUAUAUCACAUCACUAGUUUCUCUUAAUGAAAAAGGAGGCUUCUCUCCCUUUGAUAAUCCAUAUUUUCUUAUAAUUUAUCUACAAGAGCUUGAAUCGUAGUACAUAACCUGUUCCAAAUAGAACACUAAAAUCAAACCAUGUGUGGUAAAAUGUGCCAAAUGUUCAUAGUGAUGCAGCAGCAAUGUAACAGCACAAUAAGCUGCUGAGUCACAUCUAGUAAAUCAGAAUACUUUUGUAUGAACUUUUUAGUAUUUAGCAUCUUAAAAUAUCUACUGAAUUAACAUAAGACUAAGUGAAAAUUCUAUGAGGUAUGAUGACAUAAUCCCAAGAUCCAUUGAAAAAUAUGGUCACAUUGCAUUUGAAUUUAAAUACAAAUUAUUUGUACAUCUGAGCCAGACAAUUCUUUGUGGGUUGUAGCAGAGUGAGGUCUGGGUGGUAAUGGAUGUGAUAAUGCAUCCACAUGAGAAACCUGUUUGUCUUGCAAUUGGUUAUGUAAGAUGAGACACUAUGAUAUCCAUGUGGCCUGUAUUUUCUUCAUUAUGAUAUGAUCAAUACUCUGGUGAACUAGGUGGAAUACUACUGAGUUUCCUUCUGAAAAUUUGUUUUGCUUUUUUAAUAUUGUUUUUCAUAUUAAGGCAAUGUUUUAACAUAAAAACAGGGAAUGAAAAAUAGCUGGAAACAUUUACUAAAUAACUGGAUGUAUAUUUUGUGUUUUAUUGUGCACAAAAUCUGAUACAAGCUCAACUGGAAAUAUUCCUUUUUUCCAAAAAUCCUGUUCCACUUCGCCCCCUAUUGUGUGCAUCUGAUUACUUUUUUCAGUCUUCCUUCUUCUGCCAAUUUAAAGUACAUUGAGGCGAUUGUGAAAAGUAUAAAUUGUUCUAUCCAUAAUACGACUUUUGUUACUCCAGUUACAUGAAUACAUAAUUUUUGAGGCACCCUGUGUGUCUAUGAACUACUGUUUUUUUAGAUGUAUGUUCUUUUUAAAAUGUUUGCUAACUCUCCGUAUUGUUUUAUUUGUUGUAAAAAUAUAAAUUUAUACAUGGAUAUCCAUUUUAUUGAAUAAAUUGUAUAGAAUGUCCUUCAUGAUCAGUGGGUUUGACAGGGUUAUUGUGUUAAAGAUCUGUAAGUUCUCUUAAUUUUCCUAUGGCACCCUCCUUUCCUCAUAUUUAGAGUACACAAACUUGUGUGUACUGUAAUUUGAAUCUGUUGUUGUAAACAAUUGCAUCCAAAACAUCAAAGACAGUCCACAGUUGGUCAAUAAAAUGACUUUCAUGCUAAGGA